ACUGUGGUCCUCCCUCCCUCCACCACCACCAUCACCACCACUCCCCUUGUUGUCAUCGCUGCUUAAUCAUACCUAGCAACUGGAGGUACAUGCGUCUCUGUACAGGGACCGCGUAAACCCCUUGGCUGAGGCGUUUUUGGACACGGGGUUAGACGAGAAGCGUUAUUAUUUGCAGAUACCGUUUCAAAUCGGCGUCGGCGCAACGCUCGAUAACCGCCGCAAGACAGCGACCCGACACGGCGAUGGACGAGAAAGUGUUCACGAAGGAACUCGAUCUGUGGAUCGAGCAGCUCAACGAAUGCAAGCAGCUGACAGAGGGCCAGGUCAAAACACUGUGCGAGAAGGCUAAGGAGAUCCUAACAAAGGAGUCCAAUGUCCAGGAGGUAAGAUGUCCGGUGACAGUGUGCGGAGACGUGCACGGGCAGUUUCAUGAUCUCAUGGAGCUCUUUAAGAUCGGAGGAAAAUCUCCGGACACAAACUACCUGUUCAUGGGUGACUAUGUGGACAGAGGCUACUACUCCGUAGAAACCGUCACUUUACUAGUAGCACUAAAGGUACGAUACCAGGAGCGCAUCACAAUCCUUCGAGGGAACCAUGAAAGCAGACAGAUCACGCAAGUCUAUGGCUUUUAUGAUGAGUGCCUAAGGAAAUAUGGUAAUGCCAAUGUAUGGAAAUACUUCACAGACCUGUUUGAUUACCUCCCCCUGACUGCCUUGGUAGACUCUCAGAUUUUCUGCCUUCACGGAGGCCUGUCCCCGUCUAUAGACACAUUGGAUCACAUCAGAGCACUGGACCGUUUACAGGAAGUGCCACAUGAGGGUCCUAUGUGUGACUUACUGUGGUCAGACCCUGAUGACCGUGGAGGUUGGGGCAUCUCUCCCCGUGGAGCUGGCUACACCUUUGGCCAGGACAUAUCGGAGACCUUCAACCAUGCCAACCGCCUCACACUGGUUUCCAGGGCCCACCAGCUGGUCAUGGAGGGUUACAACUGGUGUCACGAGAGGAAUGUGGUGACAAUAUUCAGUGCUCCCAACUACUGCUACCGCUGCGGCAACCAGGCUGCUAUCAUGGAACUAGACGACACCCUGAAAUACUCCUUCCUGCAGUUUGAUCCUGCGCCUCGCAGAGGGGAGCCCCACGUGACCCGUCGCACCCCUGAUUACUUCCUGUAAACCCUGGCCCCCUACUGCGGUCCAGCAUUGCCAUGACAUGAAAGUACCUUCAGCUGACACCAGUAUGAGGGGGAGAGUGCAAAGUCUGGGGGUGGGCCACAGCAGUGUACAAUGUAUAUUCACAUAAAGAGCUGUUUAAACAUUUAGCAAAAACAAAGAAAAAUGUCUUUGUGUCCACGCAUGGAUCAAAAGGGGUGGUGCCAUAAUCACGACAAUAUUCAUCGCUGAAGACCUGUAUGUAUGAAAGUGGUGUCAUAAUUCCACAUCCUUUACCUGUGUCGCUCGACUGACUGCACCAAGAUCAAAAACAAAAAGCAGCCGUGAUGCGUUGUCACUUCAAAUGUGCUAGUUUUGGCGCUCUGGUAGCCGAAUGGUUACAGCGCACGCCGCAUAACUGCAACGUCCCUGGUUCAGUUCCAGCCAGUGACCUUGGUUGCAUGUCAUACCCAUCUCUCUCUCUCCCCCACUUGUUUCCUGUCUGCCAUUUCAUUAUCCUGCAUUCAAUAAAGGCAAAAAUGAAAAAAAAAAAAAAA